AUGCAGCUCGGAAGCAUUCCCGCUCCAAUCGAGCACUCGCCGUUGCUACCUCAUCCCACGGACCGAGAGCGGGACCUGCAGCCAGACCAGGAACGCGACACUGACAUCACGAGCAUUGGCGGCAGUAGCUUAGCCUUGGGAGGGCCGCAGCGGGGCAUCUCUCGGGUACUCCCUCAGGUCAUGAUACCAAGUUGCCAGGGUAGCGACGAACCUCGGGGGCGGCUUUCGCCCGAGAAGACGAGCACAGCCGGGGCAGACAUACUCUUGGGAAUGGAAGCCAAGGGUCCAAGAUUUACCAUUGAGUGGACGGUAGAGAGUCAGGCGAUGAUUGUCGCCAGGAACAGCAAGCUUGUGCCGGACGGUGUGAGAUCGGCUCCCGCCUUCUUCGAGACAAGCUGA